GAGGCAAAGUAGCAAAGGGCAGAUGAGGAGAAGAGGGAAAGAGGAAAAAUCUCCACAUGUCUAUCUUCUUGUUCUCCAUUUAGUGAACUCGUAGUGUUUUCACAGAGAAUGUCCGAGAAUGUCUAUUUCUGGGACUCUGAGCAACUAUUACGUGGACUCCAUCAUAAGUCAAGAAAGCGAUGAACUCCCGGCCCCAGCUCAUUUUCCCAACGUCCAGUUUUCCGGCUCCAGCUCCGCCGCCGCUGCAGCGGGCGGAAGACAGCCCGGCUCGGCGGCACCACCGGAGCAUCCGCUCCCCGAGUCAUAUCCGUCCUGCAGCUUCCAGCCAAAGCCCCCGCUCUUCUCAUCACCCUGGAGUCCAUUCAGUCCACAUCACCAUGGGGCGAGCGGUCUUCCGACGGUCUACCACCCGUACAUACCGACACAGCACGUCCCUUCCACGGACACUCGCUACCUCCGCUCGUGGCUGGAAUGCGCGCCGCCGCGCGGGUCCGACUGCUUCCCGGGCCAGGGUCAGAGCGGCCAGGUCAAACUGGAGCCCCAGCCCGGCCGUCCUGGCGUGGAGACCCCGACCAAAAUCGGCGGACAGAACCAGCUGGAGAGCGCUACUUACAUCCUGGAGUACCGAUCUGCGGCUCCGCCCGCCGCGAUGCCCGGUGUGGCUUUCGGAGAAAAUAACGACUCUUGCGAAGGGAGCGAAGACAAAGAGGGCCUAGAUCAAAACGACCCCUCCGCCAAUUGGUUACACGCGCGCUCCUCCAGGAAGAAGAGGUGCCCGUAUACGAAAUAUCAGACGCUGGAGCUGGAGAAGGAAUUUCUGUUCAACAUGUACCUGACGCGCGACCGGCGCCAUGAGGUGGCGAGAGCGCUCAACCUGACGGAGAGGCAAGUCAAGAUCUGGUUCCAAAACCGGAGGAUGAAAAUGAAGAAACAGAGCAAGGAUCAACCCAAGGAUUAACGGGAUUUACGCGAGCGUGUGCACGCACUGAAAAUACCACACAGACGGACUUGCACGCUCAUACAGUCUACGUUGUUCGACUAUAGUAACAUAACCUGCAACCUCAAAGGAAAUAAGAAAAAAAACGCAUUACUGCUGAUUCCAUUCUGUUUCACCCACACGACCGAUCGUUUGUUUUGUUACUUGUGCUUUACGGAUGAUCGCGUUUGGAAAGCAUGAUGUGUAUAUUUGGGAGUUAUCGUCUUCUCGGGAAAUUGACGGGUAUACACGGACUAUCCUCAUAGACAAAGAUGAUUUGUUUUUAGACUUGGACGGAGUAACACGCGUCCGUGCACUUUUGGUAUUUACUGUCGUGUCACUCGCGUCCGGGCGCACCAGGUGCGGAAACCAGUAAUUCGCGCAGUCAUGAAUAACGCCGAUACACACGCGAUCGUCACUGCCUCUCUUUUGCACGGGGAUUUUCCGUUUCUAAUACUUCCAUGAGUACGGAGCGGGUGGCACACGCUGAUAACAUAUUCUCGGUUUAGCCUUAGUAAUGAGCAGAUUUACAGUGUUGAAUCUUUUUACAACCGGACAGUUAAAAAGCUGUUGUAAAUUUAAUAUUAUCGACGCGUUCUUAAUUCGAUAUGGCAGGCGCUCAUUUCCUUAAAUUAAAAAUUAGCGAUGUUUCAUGAGUUGGUGGGGGGAUUUAGAUUUCAAAGGAUUUCAUUGUUAUUGUGAGCCACAGAGGCAAUGCGUCUGUCUUUGGUUUGCCCAGGCCACGAACAAGGGCUGUCGAAUUUUUUUUUUCCAAACUAGUUGCUGAUUUCCGAUGCUAUCGUACAAAACGAACCACACACUGAAAAAAAAUCUCUUCAAUGUCGCUGUUGCAUUUUCAGAAAGGCGCUCUAUUUUUAUACACUAAAUAAACAUCUGCUAUGCAAGUACAGUACUUUAAAAAUACAACAUCGGACUGAAGGAAGGGCCAAUCCAUUUCAAGAAAAUUUUUUUUCAAUCGCCGAAUUAACGUUAUUUUUCUGAUAAUGUCAUCGCUCGGGGCUGUAUAUGUCAACAUCAUUCAACAAAACAUACACUAGGUUUAUGUACAGUUUUAUUGAUCGGAGAGUUGAUGAAAAAGGCCACGUUAGAAGGUCAUCUUGUUUUAUGAUAUUUGAAGUGUUGUCGUAUUUAAAUGGCGCGCGGUGGCAGUUUUAUGGGCAGACCAUAAACAAGACAUCGGCGUUGGAGGCGAGUCUCUUGUCCACAAGUCUUUGCGAAGUGAAGCGCUCUAUCCAGACACUUGACGCACAGCGUCAAAUCCGAUAAUUCAGGUUCAAAUGUUUACAUUGUUUGCGCAUGCCUCAAGUCGCUCUUAUAUUUGCUAUGUUCGUUCACUCUUUGUCAGUGGCGAAACUUCCACAGGAUAAUGCUUGCAAAAAAAACAAAACAAAAAAAAAACAUUAAAGCUGUUUAAGAAUGUGAUAUUUCUAAUUUAUUGUACAUAAAGUGAUUAACUUGUCUUUUUGAGAAUGACUUCAAUGGUCUAAUUUGUCCUCUCGUGAAGCAAAAAUCCUAAUUUCCUUUUGAGAUUGUCGUUUUUUUUAAUGUCUGUGAGUCUAAACUAUCUCUUCUCGAGUCAGUCAUGCUUCUGCAGUUACUUGAUUGAAAGUUGACCACUACACUGAAAAGUAGUUUGACCCAGAUUGAAAUAUAGGCCUACUUUCAAUUAUUAUCUCCAUCGGCGGGCGCGUCAUAUUUACACUCCCUGUUAUGACUGAAGGGCAACGUUUACAAUUUUUGAUAUUUAAUAUCGUAUUCAACGCGGAAACUGUAAUCUGUGGUGAAGGUUGACAGGCGUCCCGCCUAAUCAUGGAGCUUUUAAACCCCCCCCAUAAAUAUGAUCGUCUCUCCCUUUUUCAGCGUUGUCACUUGUUUCUCUCAUGCUGGAUUUCUAUUAAAGAGACUUAAUUAAUUUC